GCUCUUGAAAUUCCCGUAUGUACGUGUGACGAAAGGAAGACGAACCAAGAUGGCCCUUCAGAACCAGAGGAAAGCAAAUGUUCGAUUACCACCCGAAGUAAACAGAAUCCUUUAUGUCAGAAAUCUUCCUUACAAGAUAACAACAGAGGAGAUGUAUGAUAUAUUUGGAAAAUAUGGAGGAAUCAGACAGAUCAGAGUUGGAAAUACACCAGAGACAAGAGGAACAGCAUUUGUUGUGUAUGAGGAUAUUUUUGAUGCUAAAAAUGCUUGUGACCACUUAUCAGGCUUCAAUGUCUGCAACCGCUAUCUAGUUGUUCUCUACUACCAGUCCACCAAGGCCUUCCAAAAACUAGACAAGGAAAAGAAGAAACAAGAGCUAGAAAAGAUGAGAGAGAAAUAUGGAAUCAGCAAAGACAAGUGAUUGAAAAAGAGAUUGACUUUUUCCUGUACGUUUGUAAACACGUAACACUUCUAUUUAACCAAAGGGCAGAAGCUCAACAUUGGCUCUAUAGGCAAAACUUUGUAAGAUACUACAGUGUGUUUGAAGGUUCAUUUCAAAAGCAACACUAUGCAGCUGCUAGUUAAUUGCAUUGAAGAUGCAAAUAGUGUGCCAUCAUUGGUGUGUGCAAGAAUUUUUUUUUUUAUGUUAAAUUUUUCAUCUUCUAUAUCUUGCAAAGGGUUCUUAAAAGUAUUGUGAAUGCCGUGUGCAUUUUGAUGAAUCUGAACUUGUCAACCUUCUUAAGCUGGUGAUGCACCCAGCAAUUUUAUUCACCAAUCUUGAUAGCUGGUGAAAAUUAGGGAUAUCUAACAUGCCAGAUAUAGGCAAUUUUAAAUGCCGAUUGGGGUGAUUGGCAAAAAUCGCAAUUGCUGCAGCUGGGUUUUUUUGGUGGUAGGUGCAAUUGGAAAAUAAAAUCGCCAAAUGUGUUGCCAGCUUAAGCAAACCUGGGCCUUGUAUCUAGAGGGUUAUUAGGUGAUUGUUGAAGGCAUUUGAUGGACAUCUUGAAUUCAUUGCACAACCUUUAUGGCUUCUUAUUUUAAGAUGCAAAGGGAACUUUUGAUCAAUUUGCAAUUUGACUAUAGGGAGAAAUCAAGGCAAGUUGUGACUGGGAAUGACACAUAAUUACAUUUUUGAAUCAAGGGGGGUCAUAUGCUUAUGCCUAGACUAGUAUGAUUCAAUUGUCUUCUUAGCUACAUCCCUACGUAAUUGAUCUCCUUGGUGCUGUUAAGGCACAAGAAGGGAUUCUUCGCAAGUUUGUAAAAACAAGUUCUAGUAUAGAUAUGUCAAUAAAGGUGUUGACAUUAGAUGA